GGUAGAGAACGCGUUCGUGGCGGACGAAUAAUUACUGUUUCAUUCGGAUUAGGCCGUUUCACAUCCUCCGUCAAGAUUCCGGCGCUCAAGGCAAUCGGUGCGAUGGGUAAGGAAAUCGAUCCGGCCGAUAUAGGCAAACACGCCGAUUUGAUCAAGAAGGCACAAGCGGACAUCGUCUACUCGGAUGUGCUCGUGUGUGGCCGGUGCCACACCGUCUUCCAUCUAGUGGAGUUGUUUCAAGAGCACAAAGAGAACGAACCGGAAUGCCGGCGCGCAACGAACGCGCUCCACCAGUGCGAUGAGGCGCAGGCCAAGGUUUGGGCCUUUCUGCUGUGGAAAUCGGCCCAACGUAACGCCAUCAGCAACGAGAGCGACAAAUCAGGCGGGAACAACUCGUGGAAGUUGUACCAAUCGUGGGUAAAGCUAGACGAAUCUGUGCGAGAUACGUGGAUCGUUGCCGGAAAAACCAUACAAUCUUUCACCAGGAUCGGUAGUGGCACUCUGCAGGAGAUGCCUGUGAAAAUCACCAAAACUAUUCUGGAAACGGACUCAGGCAGAGCGAAUGCAGCAAAUCGGACCACACUGCAGGGUCGCAAACCGGCUGAUACAAAACCGGUGGCGGGCGGGCUUGGAUCACCUGACGCAAAGCGUGCCACACCAGCUGGAGGCUUAGUCGGAGCAGCAGGCAGAAAACCAGAGCCAAACAAUGCUGCCUUGAAGCUGGGUGUCACCAAACGAGCGUUUGCCAAGCGCACCGCUCCGAAGACGGGCGAAACCGUGGAGGAGGAAGUGGAGAAGAUUUUGGCCAAGCGCUUCAGCCCGGUAAUCAAGAUGCACGAGUAUCUGGUGAAAUGGAGCAAAAUGGGCAACGAUCAAAACACUUGGGAACCGCUGACGCAUCUACAUUCCUGCCAGAGCAUUCUCGAGUAUUUCGAAGUGCAGCUGGCCAAACAGAAGGAGCAACGAGCGGCCACGGCAGCCCGCACCUUGCAGCAGCAGCAGCAAAAUAAGGCGAAACCGACGACGGCUGCGGGUGCGACGAAUGUCACAAGAAGUCCGCUGUCACCGCAGCGUCCGGGGCGCUUCUCGAAAACAAGUGCCCUCGAUCGGGUGAAAAUGUGGACAUCCGGAAACCGAUCACCCGGCGAUUCGGGUGACGGUGGUGGCGACGAUGCGGUUGGUAUCAAGCGCAAGCUGGAGGACACCGAUACCGACAACACCGGUGCCGACUCCGCACCGGACGGUUCGGCGAAGAAGAGCAAGACGGAACCGCACAUAGCCAUCAGCGAAGCUCUUAGCAAGGUUAGCCAGACUGGGAACGUGAAAAUUAUGCCGGUGUCGGCAGCGGGCAGCAAACUGUCGCCCUCCGGGGCCACGGUAAACGGUGCCGGCACAGGUGACGUUUCGCAGAAGACUGCGGACGCUGCCGAGGUGUUGAUUAUCAAGUCACCUCGUGAUAGUACCGUUUCGAGUGGUAUCACUCGGAAACCGGGCGCCCAGCCCUCCGGAACAUCGCCACGUGGGGAAGCGAAGGUUAAGAUCGUCAAUCGAUCGGAACCGGUAGCGCACGGAAUAUUCAAAGUUGGAACCGAUGCAGGGGCCGGUACGACGCAAACGUCACCACAUGUGGUCAGUACGAGCGUGACCUCUCCGGUAGUGGUAACACGUUCGGGACCAAUCUCCACCAACACGCCCAACUCCGUAACGAGCGGUGACGUGACGACACGCUUUGUUCGCCGCAAUGUCGACGGAACGCAGCAACUCGUAAAGCAAACCAUUCGCAAAGCGACAAAGUUUGUUUCGAGCACACCAACCGCCCAACGACCCGGGGCCGUUGGGACCCGUGUCGGUACCGCGGUUGCCACACCACAGAAAACUGUCACGCCGGCCACCUCGGUCGCUGGGGUGCAACAGCGUACAUCAACUUCACCACGGGUGGCCACCACCGGAACACCGGCCGCACGGGUGGGUGUGAAAGGUACCCCUGUCGGCGCAGGUAUUAUGCGGACGGCCGUAUCUACGACGCCGCUGUCGGCGGUUCCGAGCGGAUCCUCUGAGCAAAAGAUUAACGCCCUCCGCAAGCAGGGUUUGAAUGUGGUAAAACGGUCCGUAGUGACCGGUAGUCCGGCAACGAAAAAAGUAAUGGCCACCAAAGCGGAAGAGGAAGAUGAAGGACAAGGCGACGGAUUCCCGCCCAACUUGUCGCUACCAGCACCGCCGAGCCCACCGCGUGCCCUAACUCUUUGCCCGGUGACCGGCAAAGUGUUGGGACAGGCGGAAGGCGAACCUACACCGGUUCCGAGCCCUGAGGAAACCGAAUCUGGCACAACGGAUGAUAAAUCUGGCAACAGUCAUCAGAAAACAGAAUCGGGCGUUCUUGCCGAACAGCAACACCAGAUGACGGACCCGCAGACGGAGGUGCACCAGUUGCUGACCAACGAAGACGGUUCGCCGAUCAUCGUGGCCGGUGAGGAUGGAACUCUGUACCAGGUGGCGGGCAAGAAUGCAGAGGGCCAAACGAUUUUGAUUGCACAAGGUGCGGACGGUGAGCAGAGCUGUGUGCUGAUGGCGGCGCAGGAAGGAGAAGAUGAUAUCACGAAUGGAGCAACGGCGGGAGUGCUCACGCUCGACGCCGCAGUGUCCGAGGCGGUAGCUCAGGUUGGGGUAUCCCAAGAGGGUCAACAGUUGAGUGAGGAUCAGGUGGUACAGUUCCAGCACGUAAGUGGCGCCCCCAAUCAACAGCUUACGAUACAAACGGAGGACUCCCAAGAUGGUCAAAUAACGGCCGAAAUCGUCCAAGCGGGUCAACCCUCGCCCGGUGGUACGCGUCAAGUCGUGCUGAUGCUUCCGAAUGGGUCGUUCAUGAUGACGGAGGUAACCGAAGAGCAGUAUCAAUCCCUGAACUUAAACAACCCCACAGAAGAGUGAGUUCAGUGAGUUGCGCUUAAGCCAUCUUCAUUGCCUCGGUUUAUCUUUUCUGUCUUCAACCAUUUGUUUCUCUAGAUUUCUAGGCGUAAGAAUAUGUGUUUAUAGUGUGUUUUGACAUUGUUUUAUCAUUUCACAUUACAACGGCAUUAUACCGUGUCUAAUGUAAAAUAUGAUCAAAGAAGUAACAGUAACUUUGCUAUUCUACCAGACAGGUUUCCGGACGCAACCGCUGCCAGUAAUAUUAGUUUAGGGAGAGUAGGAUUAAGAGAAACGAUCUUUACUUCAGACUGCCCUUUGUAGGGACACCUUUCCUCGAUUGCUGCCGCUAAGCAAUCAUUUUACUGCUAUAAACAAAUCGUAUAAUAUUCAAUUGAAUGCUUUAAUGUAAGUUCCGUUGAGGUGUACCGAGCUCAGAAGUAC